AUAUAACAUGCGAAUACAUGUGGCUCAUACCAGCCUUCUUCCUCCUCAUCCAGGCUAUAAUCCCAUCUCGGAGCUCCCUACUGGUUUUUUUGACGGCUUGGAAAACAUCGUUAUAUUCGAUUGCAUAUCGUGCAAACUGGGACCAACUCUUGCUGCCGGGUCAAUGGAGUUUCCUGGUGCGGCCUUGGAACAUUUGCAUCUCGAAUAUGAUAACAUCACAUUCGUGGAACCAGGAGCCAUCACAGGUCUUUCUGCUCACGCUCACCUUGAUCUAUGGGGCAAUGAGAUUGAGGAACUGAGAGAGGAAUCCUUUCGCCCAAUUCUAGAAGACCUCUCACUAGGAUAUGGAUUCAUUGAUCUGUAUGAUAAUCCCAUUCAGUGCGUCUGCAGCAUGGCCUGGAUUGUUCUGAAUCCAGACUUCCUCGCCAGGGUUCACGGACAGUGCCAGAAUGGCCCAUAUUUCGAUGAACUGGAUCCAAAAACGGGC